UCGAUACCAAUAGGCUGUCGGCUGUCGGUGGUUAAUCGAGCACAAAAACCUUGACGCUAUGACUAAAAAGCAGCUUCAACAAUCAAAUUAAAAGAAAAUCAACUGCCAAUUUGCCUGAGGUAAAAAAGCAUCCUUAGACACCUCGAUUGUUCAUGUCAAUGGUUUGUGUAAAUUAAAAAAUUCAGCACGUUCAGCGCCCCUAGCAGAGAAAGCACAAAUUAAACUAUUCGACCAAAUUACAGUAGCUCCACUUGCGCGCUUACGCUGAAACGCGCCUCGAUUGAUUUUUCGCCCUCUGUGGCCAUUUGUUGAACUUGAGAGUGUGCGGGGCCUGGUACCACCAGUACCACCCGCUAAUAGAAUUUUGCUUCGCAUGCGGCGCUCUCAACGCCGGCGCAGAUGGAGACGUACAAAAGCACAGUUCGCAAUAGGGGAUCAGAAAAUUUGGACGUGGUAGUUCAUAGUGUUUUUUUUUUUCUUCAUUGGUUAACCUAGGUAGUAUAUUAAGCAGCAUAGUAGCAAGAGCUUGGUGGCGCAAGCCACCGCCCCCUUCCAAAGGGGACGCUCAUAACAUCCAUCCAUUCAUCGAGCAGCGCCGCUCUCGGUGCCGUUCUUGUCCAUAGAGUUUCUCACUAUAACACUAGUGAGAAACUCUAUGGUUCUUGUCCAUAGAGAUCAAUAGAGAUACACAUACAGGUCACAGGGGGCGCCACACUCUGGUGGCAGCCUAACAAACGAGGUUGAACUGUGGCGACCUCUACAGGUUUGAGGCGUGUCUUUUUUUUUUUUUUUUACUAUCGUCAUUGUCAUCAUUUUCAAAUGACAUUAGUUUUCGCCGUGUGACAGCGCGCUCAUGACAUUAAUCGCAACAAAUGUCAUUUGUUGCGAUUAGUUAGUCUUUAGUUCCCUCCGUGUUUGGAUCGAAUUUGAGCGAGGCGUCGUGUCGUUGGCGUCGUGUGUUAUGGCUGUAGCGGGCUGUAAUCAACGGUCAUAUUCACUGGAAUCUCGGGAUUAGCUUGUGGCUCUUGAGUUCCCUCCGUGCUUGGAUCGAAUUUCAGCGAUCGAGCGCCGGCAUUGCUUGCUGUAGAGUACUUUGUGUGCGAUGGAGGUGGAUGUUCCCACUCUUGUCACCAAACUGUGCACAUUGGCGGCCGGUGGCGCUAAGUCGGACGUGCCCGUCAAGGAGCUGAGGAAGCUGGCCUUCUCCAUUCUACUGAAGUUGGACCAUAGGCCGGCGACAUCGCCUGGUACGUGGGAUGUACCCGUUGAAGACCGUGUCCUGGCCAAAGCAUUUGCAAUGCAGCUACAGGACAGGCAUCGAGAUGCACUGCAGCUUAGGGCAUGCAUCACUCAGCUCAAAAAGGGUCAUGAGCACUGUUCACAGGAGGUGCGAGCAUGCUUGGAGUUCCUGCUUCACAUGGCUGACAGUGGGCCUCCAAGUGCAAAGCAGCAAGCACACUCCCUGUUCUUCGAGCUACACCCAACUGCCCCAGGCAAUGAACAAGUUCCACCUUGUUUGGUUCCUGGUAUCCCAUCUCUUCGUGAAUAUCCAAGGCAGCUUUUUGAGCACCUUGAUGAUGACCUGCAGGCCAUGGACAACCAAGGCAACCUUGUUCUUCCAGGACUGUGUGCAGCUGAGCCUGGGUGUGACCUCAAUGGGAACCCUUUGUUCAGCCUGCACAGCCAGAGCUUGAAGCCAGCCCCUAGCGACAUCCCAGUCAGAGUGCCACCGCUCACUGCAUUCACGAGACACAGGGUCCUGAGCAAGUUCUCCAAGGGCCCAGAAAAGCUCGAGCCCUUGCCAGCAGUAAAACGGCCAUCAAAGCAAGCUCAGCCAGACAGGCUGCCCCUGACUGAGGAAGACUGGCAGUACGUCAUGCGUGCAGGGAGAAGGAAGCACUUCACCUGGGAGAGUGUUAGAUGUGUGACAAGCACAAGGGAGCAGCCAUUUGUGACCGAGGCUGGUGAGGGUGCAGGAGAAGCUGUGUGCCAGAUACGGAUGACGAGCCUGGCUUCCUUGAUUGGAGCCAUGCCAGCAGCUCCAGUGCAACCCAAGAGCCUUGUCCGAAAGGCACUGCUGCUGCUCGUGGGAAUUCCAUCAGAUGUUUUUCCCUAUGAUCCUGUGCUGCACAGGUUCAGCAUCCAAGACGGGACGCGACUGAAAGGCACAUCGUCUGAAGCCCUUGCUGCAUCACUUCAAUGCUUCCUGGAAUGUGGCAGGGACAUCCGCUUUCUGGAAGACGUUGUCUCCAGCAAUCUAUCUGGGAACAUCAAGCCUCCCCUGACGUGGCAGGCAUUUGUUGGAGCACUGAGGCGCUUCCUGCACUGCUUUCAUGGCUGCCUGGUGCCCAUGGCAGGACGUGCCGACACGCUUACCAUCCUUCAGCUACGUCACAUUGUGAGCCGACUUUGCGACCACGUGAGGUUCACCACAGACAUUUGCCGCAAUGUAGUUCAAGUACAGGGGGCUCCCUCACAACGAACGCAAAGCAUGCUGCUACUGCACAAUCUCUGUCAACAUGCCAAGAGCUGCUGGGGCCAGGAGGCAUCAUCCAUCGUGGCAUUCCUUCUUCAGCAGAGCUGCCAGCCUUACCUCCGGUUUUUGGAGGAGUGGCUCUAUGAUGGACGUUGCAACGACCCAUAUGGAGAAUUCCCCAUUCUGAUACACAAGCAGGAGGUGGAGAUGCGAGAUGAAAGCUUCUGGGAGAAAGGAUUCCAGUAUGCAGCCUCGGAGGCUCCAUUCCUUGCCACUUUCAUGCCAAAUGUCUUCACCAGCGCCAAGAGUGCCAUGCUGCUCAAAGUCUGCAAGCCUGAGAGUCGCCUUCUGUGGAGCAAGCAGCUGCGACCUGAGUUGAGGUUGGCUUUCAGCAACCUUCAACUGGAUGAGACCAGGGAGUCGUCAGAGUGCUACAGCCGUGCCAUGGAGUCUGAGCUCACGCUGACACCACUUCCAGAGAUUUGCCUUGGACUUGAUCCACAUGUGGAGAUCCCAAAAGAAUGGAUCAAAGCUCAAGAGGAACGAGUUGACAGAAGAAGUCGUCUGCUUUAUGCAAUUCCUCGGUCUCCGAGCUCUAAUUCCAGGUGUCUGUCUUCACCGUGCAUUAAGAGGGCUGCACAACCUGCACAUGGGAUUCCACCAACUACAGCAGCCAGCGUCAGCCAUGAUGACCUGCUCUACUCAGUUAUAACUGGCACACACAUGAGAGUAACUGGCAGGUCGACAAGCCGUGUUGCCAUGGAAACAGAGCAGCCCAGUAACUUGGGACUUUUCUGUGAAGCAGCAGGGACAUAUGAAAGAAAUGGACAACGGAACAUCUUUGGUCAUGCAUCUGAUUCCCAACUUCAUGACAUCCUCUAUCCUGACUGUGCUGGUAAAGUGUCUAGCAAAGGAAACCAAAGCACAGCAGAGAGGAAUGUUGAAAACAUGGCAGCUGAGGUUGGCAUAGGUACACCGACCAGAAUCACCUCAAGUCCCAAUUUGAAACCCAUGAUGUUAUCUGGUAGCAGAACUGACCGUGGGAGACCAGAAUUGCUGCUGGAAGAACCAAGUGCUUCUGGAGUGUCACCUGACAGUCCUUGCUUGUGUGGGCACUCGUUUGAAGACAACAGCUAUGAAAGUGAGGGGAAAGGGCUGAACCAGUCUUGUGGUGACAAUCCUGGUUUGCUGCUCCCGGAGCCCACUUGUGACGAGGCACACAGUGCUGAGGACGGCGGUGGAGAUGCCAGCAUGUUGGCUGCUGACAGAGAAAGCAGCAUACCUACCACUGCAAAUGAGUCCUACCCUGUGGCCUUGAAGAUGACUGAGCCUCUGGCAUCAUCUAAGCUGGCAUUCUUCAUGCCAGACAGCACCUUUGGCGACUGGGCUCUUGAUGGUGGACUAUGCAGUCUCCCUCUGGAGAUUGCCAUGAAGCGCUCCCUGCUUCCCCCAUUGAUAGCACAGAUGAAGCUGCUGAAUCGGGUGUGUGUGUCCUACUUUGUGAUUGAGCUGCGGCUUUAUGACCACCUGGAGGCACUCACCAACUAUUUCUGCUUUCAAGAUGGCGAGUUUGGACAGGCACUGUGCGACGCCAUAUGCCACAAGCUCAAGUCACCCAUGCACUCACCAGCAGAAUUUUUCAACCCAAGGACGCUCAACUGGAUUCUCUCUCAAGCCUUGAGCUCAUCUCUGCAUGGAGAGAGUGCAGAGGCAGCAAACCUGAGCCUUGAUGCAUGCAGCAUUCCUUUUGUCAUCCCUCCCGGCCAGAACGUCGUGAACUGCCUUUCAAUGAGCUACAAGGUGGAGUGGCCACUGAACGUGGUGAUCACCCAGGCUUGUCUGCUGCGCUACAACAAGAUAUUCCGCUUCCUCCUCAGCUUGAGGCGAGCCUUAUGGGCGCUUUCAGAUAUCUGGAGCCGUCUCAAGCCAUCUGCUGCGGUACAAUUGUACAGGGCAGCAUAUUGUGAUGACCAGCAAGACCUUGGUCUCGAGAUGGUGUGGUCAAUUUGGCCGCUGCUCGUUUGGUGCUUGAUUUGCCGGUGCUUUCAUCAGAAAGCACUCCCCAGGAAGCCAGACUCAUCACUGGAAUUGAGGCAACUUCAGCUGAUGAGGCAUGAGAUGCUACACUUUGUGCACAUGGUCCAGUCGUACGUGGGCAGUCAAGUCAUGCAGGCAUCGCUUGCAGAGCUACGUGCCGAACUCAACAAAGAGGCGCAGUCUGUUGAUGACCUCCGCAAUGCCCACUUUGCCUUCCUCAAGCGGCUCAGCCAGCGAUUGCUUCUGGGACGUAGGGCGGUACCUGUCCGCAAGUUACUGCACGAAGCGCUCAACACGGUGCUUUUCUUCCAAGCUGAGCUUGCAGAGUACUCAUGGUGCAUUCAGGAUGGUGUUCAGCUGAGCCAUCCAUCUUUUGCCAAGUUUGUAGCUGCCCACACCAAGUUUCAGAAAACUGUGGCCACACUGCAGACAGCUUGGCUCUCGGACGCUAUGGGAGCUCCCAGCAUCAAGGAGCCUUCACAUGUCGCAGUACCCGACGAACUGUCUCAAGCUCUCAGAGGUGCUCGACUUCAGUGCAUUCCAGUGGCCUGAGCAAGGCACUCGCUCACUGAGCAUCGUAGGGAAGGAGUUCUCGCCUGAUCUCUUCUGAAAAAGUGCCAAACUGCACCCAGAACUUUGCUAUGCCAUACAAUUUGGGAGAGUGUGUAUAUGCAAUAAAACUGUGUAUUCUCGUCCAUUA